GCUGAAAGUAGAAGGUGACUGCGAGCUGCCAUCGUCCCGCGCGCAACUUCGAGGGCUCACCGGGAGAGGUGGCAUGCAGACCAUGGACAAGCAGAACCUGCUGGAGAGCACGCGCGGAGCCCGGUCUUUCUUUGGAGCUCUGUGGAAGAGUGAAGCUAGCCGAAUCCCGCCUGUGAACCUGCCCUCUGUUGAACUGGCUGUCCAGAGCAACCAUUACUGUCAUGCGCAGAAGGAUUCUGGAAGUCACCCCAACUCCGAGAAGCAGAGGGCCCGACGCAAACUCUAUGUGGCCUCUGCCAUCUGCCUGGUGUUCAUGAUUGGAGAGAUUAUUGGUGGGUACCUGGCACAGAGCUUAGCCAUCAUGACCGACGCGGCCCACCUGCUCACUGAUUUCGCCAGCAUGCUCAUUAGUCUCUUCUCCCUCUGGGUGUCCUCCCGGCCAGCCACCAAGACCAUGAACUUCGGCUGGCAGCGAGCUGAGAUCCUUGGAGCCUUGCUGUCUGUACUGUCUAUCUGGGUGGUGACCGGGGUGCUCGUGUACCUGGCUGUACAGCGGUUGAUUUCUGGAGAUUAUGAGAUCAAAGGGGACACCAUGUUGAUCACUUCGGGCUGCGCUGUGGCUGUGAACAUCAUAAUGGGGCUGGCCCUCCAUCAGUCUGGACAUGGACACAGCCAUGGGCACAGCCAUGAGGACAGCAGCCAGCAGCAGCAGAACCCCAGUGUCCGAGCUGCCUUCAUUCAUGUGGUUGGGGACCUUCUACAGAGUGUGGGCGUCCUGGUGGCAGCCUAUAUUAUAUACUUCAAGCCCGAGUACAAGUACGUGGACCCCAUCUGCACCUUCCUCUUCUCCAUCCUGGUCUUGGGGACAACGUUAACCAUCCUGAGAGAUGUGAUCUUGGUUCUCAUGGAAGGGACUCCCAAAGGUGUGGACUUCACAACUGUGAAAAAUCUUCUGCUGUCCGUGGAUGGUGUGGAAGCCUUACACAGCCUGCAUAUCUGGGCGCUGACAGUGGCCCAGCCCGUGCUGUCUGUCCACAUAGCCAUUGCCCAGAAUGUUGAUGCCCAGGCUGUGCUGAAGGUGGCUAGGGACCGCCUCCAGGGGAAGUUCAAUUUCCACACCAUGACCAUCCAAAUUGAGAGCUACUCUGAGGACAUGAAGAGCUGCCAGGAGUGCCAGGGUCCCUCGGAAUAACUCCCUGGCCAGACACCAUCUCAUUGGAAGUAUGGCCAAGACCUGAGGGCAGAAUAGUCCGUGUGCAGCCGGGACCCCAGGAUCAAGACAUGGCCUGGUCCACUACACCAUGGGACUCUCCUAGGAUGGGGACAUAGCAGACGAGGCCCCACUUCUCUUUCAGGACUGUGUUUAGGCUGGAUCCUGGACUAAUGUUAUGCUCACACCACAGCUGGAGAGACACUGAGGCGCAGAAAGGGAUUUUGGGGUGUCCUUGUAUAAGCCAGGGUCUCUGUCUGAACCAAAAGUUGAACAAGAUCCACGUGUCACGUGACUGGAUAGUUGGAGCUCCCUUUAAAAGAAUCGGUCACAUUGAUAAAAGAGUUUUUGAACCGGAGUCAGGGGGAAGAUCUGAGGAUGUUUUAUUAGAAUUUGGGAGAAGGAAAAAAAAAAAACAAACCCAAUCACAGUCCAGGCAAGCCAAGCCGGACAUCUCAGCAGCUGCUGAAGGAGAGGGAGGUUGGAGAGAGAGCCAGGGCUUCUGAGUUAGGGUCAGCAGUGGAGUUCUGUAAACAGCUGGAUGGUUAUAAUGGGGGAGCGGGUUAAAGGAACAGUGAGAGUGUCACACACCGGCAAGCAGGUGUGCGUGCACACACGAUUUAAAGACAAAAAUGAAGAGAGGAAAAGGGGGAAGGAGAAACCGGCUUCUGAGUUAGUUUGGGAAAGCGAGCUAACUUAGCGGUUAAGGUCUAUAAGCAAGUGCCUGUAUGUGGGACCCCAGGGAACCAUGAGUGACCUAAUCAAAGAACUAAUUGUUCCUUGGCAUGUCUUUGGGUGACUGACCGGCCCAACUGAACAAACUCUGAAAGACUGCGUAGAGGUCGGGCCGUAACUUGGUGGAAUUGUUCCUCUCUGUCUUUAGGUGAAUUUCUGUGAUCAGUGUCAGGUAAUCAGGUCUGAGCCACCCUCGAGGGAGGGCUAUGGGAGGUUGGGACAGGUUAACUCCAUCCUCACCAGGGGUAGAAAGAACCUAGUUUCCAUUCUUUUGUCCAGGAGGAAUUUGCUCCUAGGGGAUCCGUCUCUGAUUAGCUUUACUGAACUGGGAGAAGAGCCUAUGUCUUGGCUAUAUAACAUGGCUUGCCAAGGCCUUGGGGACAGCAUUCAUACAACUGCCCCCAAGACAUGAGGCCAAGGGGCACCUGAGGCUUCCCUCUGCCUUGCUCACUUUGACUGUUGGGCCCCAAGUGACUUCCUGGAAGAGAAGGAGGAAGAGAGGCCUCUUCAUAGGGAAAAACCUGGCUGGUUCCUUCCUGGUACCCCAGCCCAGGAAGCCAUGUCAGUGGCCUUAACAGGUGGCAGGGACAGAUUCCAGUUAGCUCUUGUUCUCAUAGCCCCAGGGCCAGGCCACUUCCCUUGACCUGUCUCAAGAGAUAGAAGAUCCUGCUCUGUUGCCUAAUCGACCGUGACCUUAUUAGGGGUGAGGACGAGUCCAGGGGCUGACAGGAGGGGUGUCCUUGGAGUCCAUUUGAAGAAUCCUUAGAGCUGGCUUGAGGUUACAGGCGCAACAGUUGAGAGAUGUCCCCAAUCUUAUACAGGUGACAGGCCUGCCUUCGUAGGAAGUCCUGGGCCAAUGUGUACAUGUUCAUGCAGGCCAACUGGUUGUCACUUCUUAGUACCCGUGACUCACACGAAGACCAGGGACAUCCUGACAUCUCCCCCACAGGAGUGUGCAGGCAGCCCAGCCUGGUGGUUGUGUAUUGGUUUCUUUGAUCAGUGUCCUGGAAAGGCUCUUGUGAAGGGCCAGACAGGCCUCCCACGUUCCUGUAUUGGCUGCCCUAGCACAUAAGAGGAAAGGCUAGGUGUUGGCCUCCACCAACACCACCCAAUUUUAAAAAAUAAAUGGCUAGCAUUUGCUUUA